AUGAAGACCAAGCCCGAGGUGAUUCAAAAGUGUCUGUGGCCUGCGUGCCUAGUGGGUCUGUUCAUCACUGGCACCCUCUCUCUGGACUGUAACCUGCUGCAUGUUUACCUGCACAGAGUCACCUGGCAAAAUCUGAGACUUCUGAGCCGUAUGAGCAAGUCAUUUCCUGUGGAGUGCCUAAGAGAGAACAAAGCUUUUGAGUUGCCCCAAGAGGUCCUAUCAUAUACCCAGCCUCUGAAAAGAGACAUCAAGGAGGUCUUCUAUGAAGUGUUCAUGCUGGCCUUCAACAUCUUCACUCAGCCCACCUUCCAGUCCACUUGGGAAGAGAAAUACCUGGAACAAAUCCAAACUGGACUUGAUCAGCAGUUGCAGUACCUGGAACAAUGCUUGAAAGAAGAGGGGAAGGGAAAUGAAGGCAAUGAAGAGACAGACGAGGACGAGACACAGCUCCCUGGAGCUAAAGUCCCCCCACUGAGCAACUUAGAACUAAGGAGAUAUUUCCACAGGAUAAGCAGUUUCCUGAAAGACAAGAAAUACAGUCACUGUGCCUGGAAGAUUGUCCGAGUGGAAAUCAGAAGAUGUUUCUACUACUUUCAGAAACUCAUAGCACUACUCAGGAGAAAAUAA